AUGGCCGUGGGCAACAUCUAUGUGAUCGCCGCCGUCGCCGUUAUUGGUGGCGGUCUAUUCGGUUUCGACAUUUCGUCUAUGUCUGCUAUUCUCGGCACCACUGCCUAUAAGUGUUACUUUAACGAGGGCCCCCUUGGUCCUCCCUUUACCGAUGAUGAUCAAUGCUCUGGUUUGAGCUCGCUUAACCAGGGUGGUGUGACUGCUGCUAUGCCUGCUGGUUCCUGGCUUGGUGCGCUGAUCUCGGGCUAUAUCUCUGACCGUAUGGGCCGCAAGUAUUCUAUCAUGGUUGGUUGUAUUAUCUGGUAUGUUGAUCAUGCUAAUCUUGAUCCUUUCAUUUGCAAGCCAAUUGAGCAUGUCACUAAUCACACUUCUUUCCCCAGGUGUAUCGGUUCCGCUAUUAUCUGCGCUUCUCAGAACGUGGGCAUGCUCGUCGCCGGCCGUGUCAUCAACGGUCUCUGCGUCGGUAUGGAGUCCGCCCAGGUCCCCGUCUACAUCUCCGAGAUCGCCCCUCCCUCCAAGCGUGGCCGUCUCGUCGGCUCCCAGCAAUGGGCCAUCACCUGGGGUAUCCUGAUCAUGUACUACAUUUCCUUUGGCUGCUCCUACAUCGGAGGCGGUACCUCCUCCACUUACAGCACUUCCGUCUUCCGUAUUCCCUGGGGUGUGCAGAUGGUCCCCGCCAUCUUGCUCUUCUUCGGAAUGAUGCUCCUGCCCGAGUCACCUCGCUGGCUCGCUCGCAAGGACCGCUGGGAAGAAGCUCGCGCCGUCCUCACCCUUGUCCACGGACAUGGUGAUCCUAACUCCCCCUUUGUGCAGGCCGAGAUGCAGGAGAUCGGUGAGAUGUGCGAGUUCGAGCGCCAGCACGCCGAUGUUACCUACUGGGAACUGUUCAAGCCCAAGAUGAUCCACCGUACCAUGACUGGCAUCUGGUGCCAGAUCUGGUCCCAACUCACUGGUAUGAACGUCAUGAUGUACUACAUCAACUAUGUCUUCAACAUGGCCGGCUACUCCGGUAACAGUGCCCUGCUCGCUUCUUCCAUCCAGUACAUCAUCAACGUGAUCUGCACCGUCCCGGCUUUGAUCUGGGUUGAUCGUUGGGGCCGUCGCCCUACCCUCCUGGUCGGCGCCGCCUUUAUGAUGGUCUGGAUGUAUGCCAACGCCGGUAUCAUGGCCAUGUACGGUACCGUCGUCCCUGGAGGUAUCGAUGGUGUCGCCGAAGAAUCCAUGAUUCUCUCCGGUGCCCCAGCCAAGGGCCUGAUCGCCUGCACGUACCUCUUCGUCGCCUCCUACGCUCCGACCUGGGGUCCCGUUUCUUGGGUCUAUCCCUCUGAGCUGUACCCGCUCCGCGUCCGCGGCAAGGCCGUCGCCCUUGCGACCUCUGCCAACUGGGCAUUUAACACCGCUCUGGGUCUGUUCACGCCCGUCGCUUUCGCCACUAUCCGCUGGCAGACGUACAUCAUCUUCGGCGUGUUCUUGACUGUUAUGUGGUUCCAUGUCUUCUUCCUCUUCCCCGAGACUGCUGGUAAGACUCUUGAGGAGGUCGAGGUGAUUUUCGAAGAUCCUAAUGGUAUUCCGUACCUUGGCACCGCUGCCUGGAAGACUAAGCAUGAUACCAAGCGGACGGAGGCUGCUGAAGCUGGUGACGUUGAGGCUCUUGGUGAUAAGCUUGCGUUGGGCGACAAGUCCGUUGUCUCUCACAAGGAGACUACUGCUUAA